AUGGCGCCCUUGCAUGGCGAGGAUUGCGAGCCGGGGGCGAACGCUGUGUCAGAUUCCAGGAAUUUUGUAGCUUCCCGAUCCCGGAGAGAGAAGAAAUCAAAGAAAGGGCGACAGGAAGCUCUGGAAAGACUGAAAAGGGCAAAAGCUGGUGAGAAGUAUAAAUAUGAAGUAGAGGACUUCACGAGUGUUUAUGAAGAAGUUGAUGAGGAACAGUACUCGAAGCUGGUCCAGGCCCGCCAGGAUGACGACUGGAUCGUGGAUGACGAUGGUAUUGGCUAUGUGGAGGAUGGCCGGGAAAUUUUUGAUGAUGACCUUGAAGAUGAUGCUCUUGAUUCCCAUGAGAAAGGAAAAGAUGAUAAAGCAUGCAACAAAGAUAAGAGGACUGUCAAGAGGGCUGCUGUGACAAAACCGAACAACAUCAAAUCAAUGUUCAUUGCCAAUGCUGGGAGGAAAACCGUAGAUAAAGCUGUUGACUUGUCCAAGGAUGAUCUGUUAGGUGACAUUCUACAGGACCUGAACACUGAGACACCAGAAAUAACUCCACCACCUGUAAUAAUACCAAAAAAGAAAAGAUCCAGUGGAGCUUCACUGAAUCCUUUCUCUGUGCACACCCCCAAGGCAGCUCCUUCAGGAAAAACCACUCCCCCAGCCUCAAGGAAAGAGCCUUCAUUAACUCCUGCUCCUCUUACAUGUGCUGAAUUUGCUGGAGAGCCCAGGCCGCCACUGUGUACAGAUGACAAGGAGGAGUCGGGGGCAAUGGAAUUUGAAGAUGGCGACUUUGAUGAGCCCAUGGAAGCCGAGGAGGUGGAUGUGGAGCCUGUGGCUGCCAAGACUUUGUGCCAAGAGAGGGAGCCAGCAGAGGAGGCAAAACAGAAGGCUGAUUCUGGGAAAGGGACCACAUCCUCCUCAGCAAGUUUUCUCCCAGAUGUCUCUUGUUGGGACAUGGAUCAGGAAGAUGACAGCAGUUUCUCAGCCCUGGAAGUUCAAGUGGAUUCCAGUCACCUCCCACUGGUAAAAGGAGCUGAUGAGGAACAAGUAUUUCAGUUUUAUUGGCUGGAUGCUUAUGAAGAUCCGUACAGCCAACCAGGUGUGGUAUUUCUGUUUGGCAAAGUCUGGAUCGAAUCUGCUGAAACCCACGUGAGCUGUUGUGUCAUGGUGAAAAACAUUGAGCGAACGCUCUGUUUCCUUCCCCGUGAAAUGAAAGUUGAUCUAAAUACUGGGAAAGAAAGUGGAACUCCAGUUACCAUGAAGGAUGUUUAUGAUGAAUUUGAUGAGAAAAUAGCAGCAAAAUAUAAGAUUAUGAAAUUCAAGUCCAAGGUAGUGGAAAAGAACUAUGCUUUUGAGAUACCUGAUGUUCCGGAGAAAUCUGAGUACUUGGAAGUUAGAUACUCGGCUGAAAUGCCACAGCUUCCUCAGGAUUUGAAAGGAGAAACUUUUUCUCAUGUAUUUGGGACCAACACAUCCAGCCUGGAACUGUUCUUAAUGAACAGAAAGAUCAAAGGACCUUGUUGGCUUGAAGUGAAAAAUCCACAGCUCUUGAAUCAGCCAAUCAGUUGGUGUAAAGUUGAGGCAAUGGUCUUGAAACCGGACCUGGUGAACGUAAUUAAGGAUGUCGGUCCUCCUCCAGUUGUGGUCAUGUCUUUGAGCAUGAAGACAAUGCAGAAUGCAAAGACACAUGAAAAUGAGAUUAUUGCUGUGUCAGCAUUGGUCCAUCACAGCUUUGCAUUAGAUAAAGCACCCCCACAGCCUCCCUUUCAGUCACACUUCUGCGUUGUGUCUAAACCAAAGGACUGCAUUUUUCCAUAUGAUUUCAAAGAAAGCAUUAAAGAAAAGAAUGUGAAGGUUGAGGUUGCUGCCACGGAAAGAACACUACUAGGUUGUUUCCUUGCAAAAGUUCACAAAAUUGAUCCUGAUAUCAUUGUGGGUCAUAAUAUUUAUGGUUUUGAACUGGAAGUGCUACUGCAGAGAAUUAAUGUGUGCAAAGUUCCUUUCUGGUCCAAGAUAGGUCGGCUGAAGCGAUCCAACAUGCCGAAGCUUGGGGGCAGGAGUGGAUUUGGUGAAAAAAAUGCUACCUGUGGCCGAAUGAUCUGUGAUGUGGAAAUUUCGGCGAAGGAACUGAUUCGGUGUAAAAGCUACCAUUUAUCUGAACUUGUUCAACAGAUUUUGAAAACUGAAAGGAUUGUAAUCCCAAUUGAAAAUAUACGAAACAUGUACAGUGACUCUUCUCAUCUGUUGUACCUGUUGGAGCACACCUGGAAAGAUGCCAGGUUCAUUUUGCAGAUCAUGUGUGAACUAAAUGUUCUUCCAUUAGCAUUGCAGAUCACUAACAUCGCUGGGAACAUUAUGUCUAGGACGCUGAUGGGUGGACGAUCUGAGCGUAAUGAGUUCUUAUUACUUCAUGCAUUUUAUGAAAACAACUAUAUUGUGCCUGACAAGCAGACUUUCAGAAAGCCUCAGCAGAAACUGGGAGAUGAAGAUGAAGACAUUGAUGGAGACACCAAUAAAUACAAAAAAGGACGUAAGAAAGCAGCUUAUUCUGGAGGCUUGGUCUUGGACCCCAAAGUUGGUUUUUAUGAUAAGUUCGUUUUGCUUCUGGACUUCAACAGUUUGUAUCCUUCCAUCAUUCAGGAAUUCAACAUUUGUUUUACAACAGUGCAAAGAGUUGCUUCAGAGGCACAGAAAGUUGUAGAGGAUGGAGAGCAAGAGCAGAUCCCUGAGCUGCCAGAUCCAAGCUUGGAAAUGGGCAUUUUGCCCAGAGAGAUCCGAAAACUGGUAGAGCGGAGAAGACGAGUAAAACAGCUAAUGAAACAGCAAGAUUUAAAUCCAGACCUUUAUCUUCAGUAUGACAUUCGACAGAAGGCUUUGAAGCUCACGGCAAACAGUAUGUACGGCUGCCUGGGAUUCUCCUACAGCAGAUUUUACGCCAAACCCCUGGCUGCUUUGGUGACAUACAAAGGAAGAGAGAUUUUGAUGCAUACGAAGGAGAUGGUUCAGAAGAUGAAUCUUGAAGUUAUUUAUGGAGAUACAGAUUCAAUUAUGAUCAACACCAAUAGCACCAAUCUGGAAGAAGUGUUUAAAUUGGGAAACAAGGUGAAAAGUGAAGUGAAUAAGUUGUACAAACUGCUUGAAAUAGACAUUGAUGGUAUUUUCAAGUCCCUGCUACUGCUGAAGAAAAAAAAGUACGCUGCUCUGAUUGUUGAGCCAACAUCAGAUGGGAAUUACGUCACGAAACAGGAGGUGAAAGGAUUAGAUAUAGUUAGAAGAGACUGGUGUGAUCUUGCUAAAGACACUGGAAACUUUGUCAUUGGCCAGAUUCUUUCGGAUCAAAACCGGGACACUAUAGUGGAAAACAUUCAGAAGAGGUUAAUAGAAAUUGGAGAAAAUGUGCUAAACGGCAGUGUCCCAGUGAGCCAGUUUGAAAUUAAUAAGGCGUUGACCAAGGAUCCCCAGGAUUACCCUGAUAAAAAAAGCCUACCUCAUGUACAUGUUGCCCUCUGGAUAAAUUCUCAAGGAGGAAGAAAGGUGAAAGCUGGAGAUACUGUGUCCUAUGUCAUCUGUCAGGAUGGUUCCAAUCUCACUGCAGGUCAGAGGGCCUAUGCACCCGAGCAGCUGCAGAAGCAGGACAAUUUAAGCAUCGAUACCCAGUACUACCUGGCCCAGCAGAUCCACCCAGUCGUGGCUCGAAUAUGUGAGCCAAUAGAUGGAAUUGAUGCUAUCCUCAUUGCAUCGUGGUUAGGACUUGACCCCACCCAAUUUAGAGUUCAUCAUUAUCAUAAAGAUGAAGAGAAUGAUGCUUUACUUGGUGGCCCAGCACACCUCACGGAUGAAGAGAAAUACAAGGACUGUGAAAGGUUCAAAUGCCCAUGCCCUACAUGUGGAACCGAGAAUAUUUAUGAUAGUGUCUUCGAUGGUUCGGGAACUGAUAUGGAGCCCAGCUUGUAUCGUUGCAGUAACAUCAAUUGUAAGGCUUCUCCUCUGACCUUUAUGGUACAGCUGAGCAACAAAUUGAUCAUGGACAUUAGACGUUGCAUUAAAAAAUACUAUGAAGGCUGGUUGAUUUGUGAAGAGCCCACAUGUCGAAAUCGAACUCGGCACCUUCCCCUUCAGUUCUCCCGAAAUGGACCACUUUGCCAAGUCUGCAUGAAAGCUACACUUCGACUAGAGUAUUCUGACAAGUCCCUGUACACCCAGCUGUGCUUUUACCGGUACAUUUUUGAUGUGGAGUGUGCACUGGAGAAACUUAUUACCGAUCAUGAGAAAGAUAAAUUGAAGAAGCAGUUUCUUACUCCCAAAGUUCUUCAGGACUAUAGAAAACUCAAGAACACAGCAGAGCAGUUCUUGUCCCAAAGUGGCUAUUCCGAAGUGAACCUCAGCAGACUCUUCGCCGAUUGUGCUGUAUGGUCCUGAGGGGUUCCAGGAAGUGGACCUGCAGGGACGGUGGAAAGAAGACCCACAUCCUUGGCACCUGCAUCAUGGCCCUGGCUGCUUCUCCUGCAUCGCUUUUCCUGUGGAACUACAAUCAUGUUUGUGUGGCUGUGACUUGGGAGGGGGAUUAUUAAGGGGCAACUGCAAAGCUAUUGAAUCUACCAAACAUCAGGGAACAGCAGAAAUACCUUCCUCUGACAAAAUACCUUGUGCUGUUGAAACACCACCAGGAAAACUGGCUGCUUCACAUUGGCAUUCAGCCCUGGAUUUCUAGGGGAGGGGGCGGGGAAGGAAGAGAAAUGAGAGUGGCUAGGAGGCAAGUGGCUUUUACCCAGGACCUUCAGCAGAGGAGCCCCCAGAAAGAGGGGUUCACAGAGCCUGGCAGCAGGGCGGGCAUUUUGCCUUUUCACAUGCCAGUUAAACCCAAUCUGAACCCAAGUACUUCCCAGGCCCCUGGCUCCAGGAGCAAUU